UAUAAAAACCCGCGCGCUAGCAGGUCGCGAGCUGGACCAUAGGACGGAUGUCGUUUGCUCAGUUUUAAAAAGUCACGUGACUGUGGAACUAUGAUUUCUAAUUGGAUUUUUACUAUUGUGGCAGCCUGUCUCGUUUUCGGUUCGUCACCAAUCAGAGGCUCAAACAUUUGGAAUGACGUCAUGGUCUGUGUGAAGGAACUUUCGAAUGAAACACGUUAUGGCGUCAACAGCACUCGCGUAGCAAACCUGACGUCACGACCUGAGCAGGCAGACAGGAAGUUGUCAAUAAUGAAACUGUUCACUACCAUCUGUGGGGACAAGAACGGUUUUGUCCGUUGCCUGGAGACCAGCAUCAAACAGAGCUCCGACUCCAUGGCUCAGGUUGUUGGGUCGCUGUUUGACCCUCAAAUGGUUCUACACGCCUACGAGGGCUUGUGUGCCAACAUUUCAGCUAUCGAGCAGAAGGGAGAUGACGUGCUCAGUUGUCUGUCCAAGGUCAGGAUGACCUCGUGCCAGAGCGAGAUGGCCGACUACAUUUUCUACAUGGGCGUGGUCAAGAAGUUUGCCCCGCCCUCGGAGCAGCUGUCACAGAGCACCAUGGAGACCUUGCUGUGCAGUGUGACAUUCCAGCGACGUCAGUGUGAGGUCAAGGCCUUGCGUCAGUGCAGUGCCAAGCUGGCAGACAUCAUGGAAGAGUUCUACAGACAGACGCAGCCUGACGCAUGUGACGGGCUGGGCAAGGAGGAACACAGCGUAGACAACAACGUGCAGUAGCUGUCUUGUAUAACUUUUUUUUUUUUGCUAAGUUCAUUUUGUUUCAGUUUACAUUAUGCAAUGUUUUUAAAUUAAAAA